GGCUAUAAUAAAAUGACACUCAUUUUGUCCUCAGAUCUUUUCCACUGGAAAGACGUUUCACUCAUGUGAACGGAGCACGCCUUGAACUCACGUUCCCAACCAAUCAAAGCCGAGUAAAGGCCUUAAAAACAACACAUUUCAGCGACGAUUGGAUGGUGCCUUUGGCAAUCAUGUGUUUGGGCGUAAUUGAAAGGCUCCGGGAAAGAGAGCCGUAAGCAUACGAAUUGCAUGUAGUUAGCGAACUGUCAAGCCUCGUAAAUAAAAAUAAUAAUAAUCACAGACUUUAAACAACGAUGUUAUCUUGUGUUGAUAAAUGUGCUGAAUUUCAUCCCCAGAUGCGGAUGGUAUGACGCUUUAGUCUUUUUGCAUGAUGGUUUUUGCAAGCGAGCUAGCUGGAGUUAACCGUUAGCAACGUACACUAAAUGAUAGCUAGCUCCGAAACCGCAAUACGCUCCUGUUUUGAGCUGGGAAUUUAUAUAGACAUUUGAUCAAGGCGUCACUAAAACACCUAACUAAAUUGUGUUUAUAAACGUUACUGAUUUUUAUAAGUUUGCAUGCACAUUUGCCAGUAUGCAGUAACAUCAACACUAUCUGAUGCUAUGUCAACACUGCACUUGUAAAUAGAUUUUGAUGGUUUCUUUCUCACAACAAACAUCUUUGCGUGAAGGUAUUGCUAGGAAAUGGUUUUCCCUAUACUUUUCCCUUGGUCGGAAUGGAAAUACACUUAGCCCUAAUUAUACCAUCGGAUUGAACAUAAUUGUCAAUUGACAAUCCAAAUACUUGUAUGACUUACUCUUUGAAAGAGUACAAAGGAUGUGGUUUCUGGUGCCCCCCACUACUACUAUAGUCCGAUAUUGAAAGCUAUCCAGUCUGUGAAGUAGCCAAGUGCUCAUUCAACCACAAAACAACAAUGGAUCUCUUCGUAGCCAUCCACGGAAAGAACAUCUCACACAACACUCCAUCCACCCCGGCAAUGUCCAUCGACAAGCUUUUCCCUGCCCUCCUUGAGUGUUUCGGGAUUAUCCUCUGCGGGUACAUCGCCGGAAGGACGGACAUUAUCACCUCCACACAAGCCAAAGGCCUCGGGAAUUUCGUGUCCAAGUUUGCUCUGCCGGCGCUGCUCUUCAAGAACAUGGUCCUACUAGACUUCAACAAUGUGAUCUGGUCGUUCCUGUGGAGCGUCCUGGUAGCCAAGGUGUCUGUGUUCGUCCUGGUGUGUGCUCUGACCCUAGCGGUGGCGAGUCCAGAGGGUAGAUACAGCAAAGCGGGACUGUACUCUAUAUUCGCUACGCAGAGUAACGACUUCGCCCUGGGGUACCCUAUUGUCGACGCCCUGUACAGGAACACGCACCCGGAGUACCUCCAGUACAUCUACCUGGUGGCCCCUAUCUCCCUGAUGCUUCUCAACCCCAUCGGAUUUGCCUUCUGCGAGGUCCAGAGGUGGAAGGACAACCCGGAGCGGCAGCAGGGGAAAGUCCACAUUGUGGGAGUGGUGCUGCUGCAGGUCCUAAAGAACCCCAUUGUCUUCAUGGUGGUUGUCGGCCUGGCUUUCCACUUCGGCCUGGGCCAGAGGAUCCCGGCCGCCAUCGGGGAGUUUGUAGACGGCCUGGCCAACUCGUUCGGCGGGGCGGCUCUCUUCUACCUGGGCCUGACGAUGGUGGGGCAGGUGGGGAAACUCACGCGGUCUACGGGGGUGGCCCUCAUCCUGCUUAUCACCGCCAAGCUGCUGGUGAUGCCGUUGAUCUGCAGGGAUAUGGUGGAGCUGCUGGACUCCCCGGCUAACAACACCUCCACUCUGACCCACUCCAGCAUGUCCAACUACGCCUUUCUAUAUGGGGUGUUCCCAACCGCGCCCAGCGUUGCCAUCUACGCCUCUCAGUACAGCAUGGAACUGGAAGUCGUGACGUCUGGGAUGGUGAUCAGCACGUUCCUCUCUGCUCCCAUCCUGUACGUGUCGGCUUGGCUCCUGACCAUCCCUCUCAUGGACCCCGGGCCCCUGGUCACCGAGCUGCAGAACGUCAGCUUCAACGUCAGCAUCAUCAGCCUCCUCGCCCUGUUGUGGACCGUGGCAGUGAUGCUGCUCAGCAAGAAGUUCAAGAAGCUGCCACACAUCUUUGCCACAAACCUCUUCCUGGCACAGCUCCUAGUGUGUGUCAGUAUGAUCUUGUGGAACUUCGUGGUGAAGCAGGAAGACGUCCUGGGACAGGUCUUAACAUUCGCCCUUCUUUAUGGAUCUCUCUACAGCACAUACGUCUGGACAGGUCUCCUCCCCCUUUGUCUGGUGCUGACCAAUAAGGACGACCUGCUGAGACUCAAACCUGGAGUGUUCAUGAUCUGUGGCUGGGGCAUUCCGUUCCUCUUCGUGGGAGGUCUUCUCAUGGCAGGACAGAGGAUGCCGGAAACUAUAGACUCUGCAUUCUUCUACGGCAGGGCCCAGGUGAUCAGUACGGCGGUGGUGGUGUCUGGCAGCAUCCUCCUGGGUGGUGUCUCCCUCAUGGCCCUGAGCCAGGCCCCCCAGGAGAAUCAGAACUACCAAGCCCUGGAGGGAGCCUCUGUCAUGGGCACCACGGAGGACCUGAGGCCCCUGGGCCUCCAGAACGACCAGACGAGGGACGACAGAGAAUGCCGCAGCUGUACACCUACCCAGCCCAUGCCUGAUAUGAUCAUCAGUACCACCGGGAACAACACUCCAACCUCACCAACAGGCCAGAGUGGGGCGCUGUGUGAUCCCCAGCGGCAGCGUGGGGCGCCACCCCAGGACGAGAGGCAGCUGGGCAGACACGUUCUGCUGUGUCUUCUCCUCAUCGUCUCCCUGCUGGCUAACCUGUCCAGCUGUCUGUGGUGGUUGUUUAACCAGGACCCGGGUAGACUCUAUCUAGAGCUGCAGCUCUUCUGUGCUGUGGCCAACUAUGGACAGGGUUUCAUAUCUUUUGGAAUCUUUGGCUUAGAUAGGCAUCUGAUCAUCCUUCCGUUCAAGAAGAGGUUACUGAGCCUAUGGCCGGGCAGCAGGAGUGAGGAGGAGCCUUCUUCUGCGGUCCCGGAGGAGAUCAGACUGACCUGCGCUCAGUUUGUCCGCUACCAUAAGGACCAUUGUGUCCAGGACUUAGUGCACAGCAGAAGGUGUGGUCUGAGCUGCGAGAGCUCCGGGGAGGCUUCGGUCCCGGCGACUCAUCCUCAAACCCAGGCCCAGAACCAGGCCACUUUCCUGGGCGGUGAUCUGGUGGACUGGCUGGUGAGGGUGGGUCUGGCCGAGGACAGGCGGGCGGCCCAGCUGUAUGGCUCUCGGCUCCAUCGGGGAGGGGUUCUUCAGCACGCCAAUCACCAGUUUGGCUUCAGAGACGAACCCCUGCUGACAUACCACUUCAUAGAGCCUCGUCUGUCGUGCCCCUCUGGUGGCCGUGUAACGCCCCCAUGAAGAGACAGAGAGGGAAAUCCUUCUAGAACGAGAUGUGGAAAAGACAUCGACCGGUUUGUUUUGCUCAGCAACGCGGUGUUGUUGUCAAGUGACUGAACUGUUACGGAUUUACAUUCAUCCAAAUGGAGGCAACACGAUUUAUUGUUAGUUUUUUAUUAAUUAAAUGAUGAUAAUAUCUAUCUAAAAUGGCACCCUAGUGUGGCGCACUUCAUUAGGUCCUAGCCCAGGGCCUAGUGUGCCAUUUGGAAUACACUGAGAGAUGGCACCAAACCCCCCACCUUAUUUCUGAGUUCCUCUGUAUGACAUGAGGUCGACUCAGACACUGACCGCCAUUUUGCACAUUGAAGACUUUGACUGUUUCACAUGUUACUGAACCGUUUUACCAGGCCGCUGUGACAGUGUUCUGGUGUACCUGGACGUCAUCUGGGUUACGUCUUUCCCACUGUCACACCAAGGGACUUAACCUGACUAGGCCACAGCAGUGAGGCAGCGUUGUUUACAACCUGUUUGUUAAUCUCCUAAACUCGCCACAGGCCAGCGGGAUAAGCUGUUUGAUUGAAGUGAUUUGAAUUUUAUUAACUCAACCCGAAGGCAGACAGACAGGCAGGCUUUCUACUUUGAUGCAUCUAUUAAAUAGGAAGUGUCUCUAUCUUUGUGUUAUAUUGCUGGUGACAAGUCACACAAUCUGGUCAUUUUGGGUUGCGGUUUUAACAUGCAUGCUAAUUUAAAUGUUAUCAUACGCGUAUUCUACUUUCUGUAGAGGUUCUUUGAUAAAGUUCUCGACCAUUUAUUAAAUAUCACCUCGCUGUGUAUGAUUAUAAAGAGGAAGCCACCUCGCUGUGUAUAAUUAUAAAGAGGAAGCCACCUCGCUGUGUAUGACUGUAAACAGGAAGUCUCCUUGCUGUGUAUGACUGUAAACAGGAAGUCUCCUUACUGUUUACAAUGUCCUGGUGCAGAGUUUGCCUUAAAUGCUUUUUGUUUUGCCAUUUGGAUGUGUCAAAUGUGUAUGAGGUACUGUGUUUCACCUGAAGGUCUCGUAGGUAGUAGCAUCAUGUGUAUGAGUGGCUGUACAUAAAUCCAUGUAAAGAAAAAAGUAUUUCUCAAUGUCAAAUAUACAAAACCCAAAGCUUA